AAUAAUAAAUAUUGUAGCUAAAGAAAGCGUUGAGCUUUUACAUUGCAAGGAAGAUAUAGCUGAAAAUGUGCCGCAGAAGCCAUCAGUUGCGUGGGUGCAAAAUCCGGGGAAUAUAAAUUACCGAGAAAAACGGCAACGACGACGACAACCCAGCGAAAACAGAUACAGGGCGGCGGCGGCAACGGCAACAGCUUUGUUGCUUUGUUGUUUUGUCGUUUGACAACGAAAGCAAAAACUCGGCAAAACUUCGGCUGUGAAAAAUCGCCGUCGAGAGCUCUUCUAGAGGGAAGUCCGGAAAGAAAGAUGUGUCGCCUGGAUAUACGUCACUUCUGCGAGGAUUGGCGCAUCUGGAUACGCCCGCUGCUGAUUGUCACCUAUGGUAUAUUCGCGAUCAUUGUGGUGCCCCUGCUCAUCGUGAACUCUGUGAAGGACGGCUUCCAGCGCAACGAUCAAUUGAUACUCAUUGGCGGAUUGUUUGUGCUAUCGGCGGUGCCUGUGUCAAUAUGGCACAUCAUACAACACGUCAUACAUUUCACGAAGCCCAUUCUGCAGAAGCACAUCAUACGUAUACUGUGGAUGGUGCCCAUCUACGCUUUGAACGCGUGGAUUGGUCUGUUCUUUCCGAAACAUUCGAUCUACGUGGACUCGUUGCGCGAGUGCUAUGAGGCGUACGUAAUCUACAACUUCAUGGUUUACCUGCUUAACUACCUGAAUCUCAACAUGGACUUGGAGAUAACCAUGGUGUACAAGCCGCAGGUGAAUCACUUUUUCCCCCUCUGCUGCAUGCGUCCCUGGAUUAUGGGUCGCGAAUUCAUCCACAACUGCAAGCACGGCAUUCUCCAGUACACCGUCGUGCGACCCAUAACCACAUUCAUUUCUGUCAUCUGUGAGCUGUGCGGCGUCUAUGGCGAGGGAGAGUUCGCUGGCAAUGUGGCCUUUCCGUACAUCAUAGUCGUUAACAACAUCUCCCAGUUCGUGGCCAUGUACUGCCUGGUGCUCUUCUAUCGUGCUAACAAGGAGGAUUUAAAGCCCAUGAAGCCCAUUCCUAAGUUUCUGUGCAUCAAGGCUGUGGUGUUCUUUUCCUUCUUCCAAGGAGUGCUUCUCAAUGUCCUGGUUUACUAUGGCAUUAUCAAGGACAUAUUCGGCUCAGAUGUGGGCGAGACCAAUCUGGCAUCCAUGCUGCAAAACUUUCUCAUUUGCAUUGAGAUGUUUAUCGCUGCCGUAGCUCACAUCUACAGCUUCCCGCACCAUCCGUUCCACAUUAACUCGCCGCAGUAUUGGAAUAAUCCCAAUCAUAGCUGGUGUCGUGCUUUUCUCUCCAUGAUGGACAUAUCGGACAUGCAAGAGGAUGUCACUGAGCAUUUGGGCGUGGUGGGCAGCACAUUAAGCCGCCGUUUUCAGGGUCGCAGCACCUAUCAGCCCCUGGCACGGGGUCCCCGACGCUCCAGCAGUGAGUCCGAGUACUUAAUCAGCAAGCGGCAGGAUCAGCAGCUCUCCGGCAGUUCCACUCAAUCAGCAGGCGCAGACGGGGCUGGUGAUAAUAGUAAUAGCAACAACUACCAACAACAACAACUGCACUUGCCGGGUGCGAGGUCACAGCCGUCACCGCGUCAGCGUGAAACUCAGCAUCUUCGAGAGCGGGAGCGCGAGCGGGAACGCGAUGAGCAGCAGCAGCAUUUCGUGGGGGCUGGUGGGAGCAGCUUUUUGCGCCUAGUACCAGUCGCUGGAGCUGCUUCAUCGGCAGCCCCCAUACCCGAGUCGAACGACGACUAUGCACUUCUGCUGGGAGCGGGAGCGGGCAGGUGACACCGCUAUCAUUACCAGCACCAGCACCCGCAUAUCGACGAUGCGUUCGAGGACGAAGAUGGUGUAGAUGUUAGUCAAAAUUUGAACGCCUCUUCACUGAGCGCCUCGCUGUCCGUUUCAUUUGGCAUGUCCAGCAGUUUGAAAUUCAGCGCCACGUGCAGUAAUCAAUCCGAGUGGUCGAAUUCAACAGCUGGGGAUGAGGACGAUGACGGAGACGAUGACAACGACGACGGUGACGAUAUUGACGAACAGGAGGAACAGCAUCCGGUUGUUGUUGUUGCCUCAACGACGCGGCGUCGCCGCGAUCGAGAGUACAUCACCUAGAUCCUAGAAAACUGACUUAUUGGACUUUAAUUCUUCUUCAGUUAUUCCCAUUCUUAUAUUUAUUACUUCCCAAUAUUCUGAUUUAGUUGAUUAGUCAUUUGGUCAUCGGUUUGGCAAAUGCAAAUAUUAGUUUUAAAAUACUCAUUCGAAGCAACCUUUCUAGCAACCCCAUCGGAUGGGGUCUUUGAAAUUGUGGCCUUAAUUUGUAAUUCGAUAGUAACAAAGGAUUUUUCAUAGCAAUCGUAUGGUUUACACCGAGAAAGCAUGCGACAUACGUGCAUACACCCUUUAUUCCACAGAUGAGGGUAUUAGCUCUUAGCUGGCUGUAGUGUAAACCCCUGUAAUCAACUCCUGGAACACCUAAAUUAUACAUUUUUAUACUUAUAUCCGCUAGGCCAAAUAGUUUAUUGAAACAUGCCUGAACCGAUUGUGAAUUUUGUGACUGCCGCCGGUCAGAAAAGGGCGUACUUUAUACAUAUUUAAAUAGAAAUUGUUAUUGUAAAUCUAAUAUACGUCUCAAUAAUAAUAUUGGAAAAUA